AUGUCAGAAAGCACUGAUUGUUCAAGCUCUCAAGGCAGGUGGACGAAAGAAGAAAAUAGGCGAUUCAUGGAAGCUCUCAAUCUUUAUGGUAAGGACUGAAAAAAGAUUUUAGAUUAUGUUCAAACAAGAUCCAUGGUCCAGAUUAGGUCCCAUGCUCAAAAAUAUUUUUAUAUCUUAUAUCAUUAAUUUCUUGUUUAGAUCGGAAAUAUAAACUCUCAUCAUUAAACCUCCAAAUGUAAAAAUAAUUAGUUCUGUGAGUAAUAUAAAAGUCGAGAAAAAGAAAAAGAAGAAGAAGGAAGAGCAGGUUCUGGGGAUUCCUCAAGAGACUAGAGACUAUGACUCGCUUACUCCCAAAGAAAAACUCGACCAAGCUUUACUUCACUUGCAAUGCGCACAUCUAAUUCAAGCAUUUAGAACCGAUUUAAAUGUAUUGUAUCAACAACUUAUUAACGUAACUCCUCCUCCUCAAACGCAGGGAGAAGAUAUUCUGCCUUCAUUGCCAGAGCACUGAUGUUCCAGGAGAUCUCAAUGAAGCUCCUGUCCGUGCUUUCACAUGGAAAAGGAGGUUUUUAUCCUAAUUUAUUAG